AGCCAAAUGUCAAAUCAAAAUUUCUGCUUAUCGAUUUGGUUGGGAUUCUGUGUUCUGUUGUGUAAAUUCGGCAUUUUAAAUUAUGUCAUGAUAGAUUUCUAAUUAGUUUUAGAAUAGGUAAAUUACAGUAAAGAUGAAUUUAUUAACUGGCCAAUGUUUCAUGAUUUUAUCAGCACUUUGCGUUGUUUCUUCGUCCAGAGUUCUAGAAUUAAGUGACAAAUUUAUCGAUAUAAGCAACGAUGGCAUGUGGUUCGUGAAGUUCUAUGCGCCAUGGUGUGCCCAUUGCCGCAGGAUAGAGCCUAUCUGGGCGCAUGUCGCUCAGUCGCUGUACAACAGCCCUAUAAAGGUGGCGAAGGUUGACUGUACUAGGUUUAUGGCCGUAGCUACUCAUUUUAAAGUCAGAGCAUACCCUACAAUAAUGUUUAUUAAAGGCCCCUAUCGCCAUGAGUAUGUAGGUGAAAGAGUGAAAGAUGAGAUGGUCAACUAUGCCCUUCGCAUGUCACAACCGGCUGUUCAGAGACUGUCACAAGCUGACAGCCUUGGGUACCUAAAGGAGACACAUCCAGUCUUCUUUGGAUAUGUGGGAAAACAACAAGGAGCAUUAUGGGAUAUGUUUACACUUCAUGCUGAAAAGUAUCAACCACAUACAUGGUUUUAUGCUAUGUCACAUGAUCUUUUGAAAAAUGAUGUUAAAAUUCCUAAUGAAACUGCCAUAUUUGUGUACAAAGAGGAUGAAGCCUACUUUUUUGAAGCAAAUCCAUUACUACUCCAAGAUAGAGAAGCCUUAAAUGUAACAUUAGACAAAUGGAUCAAUUCCGAGAGAUUUGGAUUAUUCCCAAAAGUCACUCGAUCAAAUAUCAACGAACUAAUGGAUAUAGAAAAAUACAUUGUCAUCGCUAUUGUCUCUGAAAAUAAGUUGAAUGAAAUCACACAAACAGAGAGGGACUUUAAGGACAUGAUUGAGAGUAUCAUUAAGAAGAGAAAACGCCACCUUCAUGAAAGAUUCCAAUUUGGGUGGAUGGGAACUCCUGAACUAGCAAACUCAAUAGCCAUGUCUGAACUGACAGUUCCUCAUCUGUUGGUUCUCAACUCUACAACAGGCCACCACCACAUGCCUGAUGAUGACCCUGUCCUCAUGACACCUGAAGCAGUUUCAAUCUUCCUUGACCAAAUAAAUAACCAAAUGGCACCGACGUAUGGUGGGAACAGUUGGCCAGUACGUUUCUACCGAGGCUUCUUUGAAGCAAGGACCACUCUGACGAAUAUGUGGCGCGGAAACCCAGUAUUAACGGCGCUCGUUUUUGGGUUGCCCCUCGGCUUCUUGUCUCUCAUAUGUUACUCUGUGUGCUGCGCUGAUAUACUUGAUGCAGAGGAAGAGGAAACACCAGAAACACACGAGAAGAAGGACUAGACAUCCAAACCGUCGAAUAUUAUAAUAAUUAUAAUUAACCAUUUUUAGUAUUUUUACAAUAUUGGAUAUAGCAAUUAAGCUGUUUUUGUUUGCUAGAACUGUAUCUUUUGCAUUUAAAACGUAUUGUUUGGACUGUCUCAGUCAGUGACACAUUUAUCAGUGCACUGCUCAUUUUAAUUAAAUACCCAUUAUUAUUUUGGAAAUCAGUCUGAAAUCGGAGUGGAAGUCACGCCGAAUUGUGUCAGUCAGAUCUCAUGAUACUUAAAUUUUACCUGCCGAAUUGACUGGAUUUAACUCUGUA